AUCGCGGCACCUGUGGUGUUUUCUCCCCAGAGAUGCUCUGGCUAGCUGUGAGCACGUGGGGAUAAGUCCAGGCACAUCCCGAGCUCCAGUGCUUACAGCUGGAACUUGCUGUUGAAGGGGAGUCACUCCUCAGGCCUCCCUGAGCUGGAGAAACCUUUAAGGCAAGGUGAAGGAAGGAGUGGGUCCUGAUGGAGAGUUUUUAAUCCAGAGUAUUUAUUCUGGUACGCAUGGCCUCUGAAUCCUGCAACAGCUCCAACAGAACUCCCAACUGCGUGGUGUGCUUGCCCUUUUACCUGGGGAGAGGGCGAGGGGAGGGAACACAGAGACCACCAGCCAGAUGUCCCCAGCCCUGCUGCAGCCACAGGCCACCAUGGUGGCCACCCUGGACAAGCUGGUGGCCAUCACAGCCAGGAUGGAUGGGGAUGUGCUGCUGCCCAUGUGCCAACCAUCCCUGCACGAGGCCCUGAGGAAGUUCACCAAAAACCUCAGUGUCACCGUGCACGACACUGGUGACAUCUUCUGGCACCGCGGUGUCACCUCUGGGUGCGAUAGCACUGUCCCCUCCCUGAGCCAGGCCCUGGCAGCCUACGCGAGCACCUCAUGGACCACCUGGGAGCACGUGAGAAGCGUGGCCAGCAAGUGGCUGGAGUCAGCGGCCACGCUCGUCGACAGCUGGGCCCAGCUGACCAGGGAGGUCACCAAGCUCCAGGACGCCUGCAGGCACGUGGACCUCAGUGUUGUGGCCAUGGAAGAAGUCUUGAGAAAGGCCAUAAAAGAGGCCAUGGUGGGGGCCAUAAGAGAGGCCUUAGAAGGUGUCAUAGACUAUGACGUAGGAGAGGGUGUGGGAGGAACCGUGGUGGCUGAACACCAGGUGAGGGGGGUCACCACGGGAAGGCAGCAGGCGAAGGUGGCCCUGGGGCUGCUGACGCGCCUGGUGACCGCGUGCAGGAAAGUCACCGCGUUCUAUCGGGAGCUGCGGCGCAGGGUUGGGGAGAUCGUAGGCACCAUGAAGGGGGCAGAGGAGCCGUCCCAUGAUUUCCACGCUGCCUUGGCAGCCAAGGUGGCUGUGGCCGAGCUGCUGUGGGUGGCCAGCAGCCAAGUGGCCAGGGAUUACCUGGUGGGGGCGCUUGAGAAGAUCUGCACCAGCUUCAGGUGUGGUGAUCCCAAUGGCUCCAUUGCCUGAGUGGUGGCCAAGCGAUGCCAAAGAGCCGCCAAGGACAUCCCAAAUCUGCUGCAGGGAUGGCGAUGUCACCAAUGUGAUGAUGUCAUCAGGGCAGUGAUGUCAUCGGGGACAUGGCUGUCGUCACUUGUCCUUUCCCCCCUCCCCUUGUGGGAUUUGAGACAAAUUUGGGGAAUUUUCUGAGAAUUUUCAUUGAAAUUGGGAAUUUUUGGGGUAAUGUCACUGGGGACACUCAGGGGCAGACAGGGACAUUCUGGGAACACACAGGGACAGGGGACAGGGCUGAAUGAGUCCCCUCAAGAGCUUCCAGCUUUCCACUGUGUCUGCAGCAGAGAUGGGUUAUAAAUGACAACUUAAUAACUGGCUUUUGCACUUUUGUAUUGCCUUUUGCACUUUUGUAUUCCUUUUGCACUUUGUUACUAAUCACCAGCAAUUUGAUAUGGUAUUUGAUACUGAUAUUGAUUAUCGAUGAUUCCGUGUAGCUGCUCGUUGAUGCAAUAUAAUCUAUCAGUUCAUGUGUGCACCGUACAGCCUAUAAAUAAAUAAAUACCCUCUAUGUAAAUCA